AUGGCAGUUGCGUGUGCCACCACAUUUGUAUUUGCCACUCCUCGCAGUUUGGGCCCAAAGUCUGGCAGUGCACAUCAGUCAGCUAUCGGCAAGCGUCGCGGUAUCUCUGUUCAACGACCCAGCAAUAGGGGUCUUGUUCACAAACGUAAUGACAGUUCCAUUAAGAAAGUUGCUAAACCGCUCUCCAAGCCAGUGGGAGCUGUCAAAUCAUCUCCCAAAAGACAGGUUCAAAAGAAGCCAUCUCCCAAAAGACAGGUUCAAAAGAAACUAUCUCCCAAAAGACAGGUUCAAAAGAAACUAUCUCCCAAAAGACAGGCUCAAAAGAAGCUAUCUCCCAAAAGACAGGUUCAAAAGAAACUAUCUCCCAAAAGACAGGCUCAAAAGAAACUAUCUCCCAAAAGACAGGUUCAAAAGAAGCUAUCUCCCAAAAGACAGGUUCAAAAGAAGCUAUCUCCCAAAAGACAGGUUCAAAAGAAGCUAUCUCCCAAAAGACAGGUUCGAAAGAGUCCAUCUCCUAGGAGAAGACAGGUUCGAAAGAGUCCAUCUCCUAGGAGAAGACGUAUUCAAAGAGUUUCUUCAAAUCUACACACGACUGGAAACAGUGGUAUGAGCGGGUUUGAAGCUGAUUGCUUGAAUACACACAAUCAAUUACGCGCUGUUGUUGGUGCUCCGUCAUUAAGCUGGUCUCGUUCUGCUGCAAACGCUGCUCAAACUUGGGCCAAUCAUCUUGCAUCUACAGGUCUUUUCCAGCACUCAGGGGGAGCUGUGGGUGGAUUUGGCGAGAGUCUUUAUCGGUCUAGUCAUGGACAAUCUUGCGGUGUGGCCGUCAGGGCAUUCUUUAGCGAGCGUGUAUAUUAUCACGGUGGGCCAAUCAGUCUACAAGACCUUAAUAAUUAUGGCCACUACACCCAAUUGGUGUGGGCUUCUACCAGACAGGUUGGGUGUGCUCAAGCUGGCGGUAAUAUCGUCUGCGAAUACUUUCCUCCUGGCAACACUAUUGGCCAAUAUACUUUCCGUUAA